GCCGGCCUCCAUUCUGCUCGUCAGGGCUGCGCUCCCACGGUGCAAGGCACACCAUCACCGACCGAUGGCAGGGAGGGAUUAGGUGCUAGAGAGAGGGAGGGUGCCAGGGUGCCUUCCUCCUUAGUCUGCAGGGUGCAGUUGGCAGGCAAGAUCCUCGAAUGCUUGACGUCACCAUUCCUUCAACGACGGUUCUGGAAGAGCCAUCGGAUGGAAAUCGAAUCCCGAUCUCUGGCCGGACAGCCAGCGUGGCUAGGGAGAUAGUAAUACAAUAUCACUGUGAGAAAUUAAAAACAACGGUAAUUGAUACUACUUGUAAAGGUGCUCACGGCGAGCGACUUCCCGCUCGCUGAUGGGGAUGUCCAGGUGGAAGCGCUUGCUUCGCUUGGCAUCAUCAACGCUUAGAUCUUCUGGUUACUCCCGCGAUCAACGGUGGAGAUGCACAAAUGACGUGUCAUCAUCAGAGUCGCUGAAGAUUCGAACGGGGCAAUGCAGGCAGAUAUGCUCAUCGUCGUCUUCAUCUUCAUCGGUAUCGUCGCUCACGGAGCCACGUUUCAAUCGACGGGGACUUUUGGGUGAAAAGGAUGCAGGGAGCUAUGGCGGAAGAAGGCUAUACAACGCUGAUUCCCUGUAUACCCAAUACAGCAAUUCGAAGGGUGGGGGGGGAAGAGGAGCGGGUGGUGGUGGUGGUAGGCCGAAAUUCCCAGCCGGGGCCCCGACGCCGAAGUACAGGCCUCAACGGCAGCAGCAGGCGGAGCAGCAGGCGCAGAAACAACAGCCGCGGCCCAAGGCUGCGCCGGUGGAAGCGCCGUACAAACCAGGUAGACCGCGGGUCUUACCGCCUAAGCGGAAGGAGGUACAGAUUGCCGACCAGGUGAGUCUGCGGCAAUUAGCGCAAUUGAUGGGGGCGAAGCUGGACGCGCUGGAGGCGGCCAUGGGCGCGCUCGGGGAACAAGUUUCGUCCGCCGAUCAGAUCGUGAGCGCUGACGUGGCGGAGUUGUUGGCCCUGGAGUUCGGUUUCACGGUAAGGCGAGUGCGCAGCAGAGUGGUAGACGCGAAGCGACAACAAGUGCUUGCAGAUUCGAAGGAGGCGGUCUCUUGGCCGACGAGGUCGCCCGUCGUGACGGUGAUGGGACACGUGGACCACGGGAAGACAUCGCUGCUGGAUGCAUUACGCAGGACUUCGAUUGCGGCCAAGGAGGCAGGCGGGAUCACUCAGCACAUGGGCGCGUUCAUGGUCCAGAUGCCUUCAGCAUCGGCGUCGCUAACGUUCAUAGACACGCCUGGACACGCGGCAUUCAGCGCGAUGAGGGCACGUGGCGCCGCCGUAACUGAUAUCGUGGUGCUGGUGGUAGCAGCAGAUGAUGGGGUGAUGCCACAGACCCGCGAGGCACUGGCGCACGCGCGCGCCGCCAGGGUCCCGAUCGUCGUGGCCAUCAACAAGUGCGACAAACCGGGUGCUGACCCAAAGCGCGUGCGUCAACAGUUAAUUGAGGAGGGGGUGGAGUUGGAGGAGAUAGGCGGGGAGGUGCAGGUGGUGGAGGUCUCGGCUACUGAGUGUCGGGGUCUGGACAAGCUGGAGGAGGCACUCCUGCUGCAAGGAGAGAUGAUGGAUCUGCGCGCCAGAGUCAGCGGGGAGGCAGAGGGGGUGGUCGUGGAGGCGCGGCUGGACAAAGGGCAAGGUGCGCUUGCCACGACGAUCAUCCAAGCCGGGACUCUGGUACCGGGAUCUCACGUCGUUGUCGGGACGCAAUGGGGCCGCGUGCGGCGGCUGCGCGACAUGACCGGCAGAGUGAUCGAGAGCGCGGGACCGUCGAUGCCGGUGGAAAUCGACGGCCUCAAAGGGGUGCCGGAGGCCGGGGACGAGCUCCUGGUGGUGGGCGGGGAGGAGAGGGCGCGCAAGGUCAGCGACAUGCGCAAGCAGCGCAAGGAGGAAGAGCGCCUGCGGAAGAUGAGCGAGCGGUGGUCUUCUCCUCCUCCUCAUGAUCAUCAUCCCAAGAGAGCCAGUGCCAGUUCGUCGGGCGUUGAAGGUGAUAACGAUGAUGACACCUCCGCAGAAAACGACAGCAGCAGCCAAGACCAUACGGUUCAAGUGCCGUUGAUUGUGAAGGCAGACGUUCGCGGGACCGCCGAGGCUGUGAGGGAGGCGGUCCAGAACCUGAGCGGCCCUGGCGUGCACGUCAAUGUGGUCCAUACGGGUGUGGGUCCGAUCUGUCAGUCUGACGUGGCGCUUGCUGAGGCCUGCGAAGCGUGCAUCAUCGGGUUUAAUGUCCGCAGCGCGGGGGCGGCAGUGGACUCCGCCGCGCGCAGGGCCAGCGUCGUGAUCACUCAGGACCAAGUCAUUUACCGCCUUCUGGAAUCUGUGGGCAAGAUGGUGGUGGGGAAGAUGCCAGGCAUGAACGAGGAGAAAAUCGCUGGCGAGGCGCAGGUGCUGCAGCUGUUCGAGGUGAAGGGGAAAGGCUCUGCACCCUCCACUGCCGUGGCCGGGUGCAAGGUCAUCGACGGCAGGUUGCAGAGGAACGCAAGGAUCAGAGUCUUACGGUCCGGGGAAAAAAUGUUUGAAGGGCCUUGUCGUUCCUUGCGCCGAGAUAAGCUAGAUGUGGAAACUGUGGGGAAGGGGACGGAAUGCGGAAUGAUCCUGGCUGAUUGGAAUGACUAUUGCGUAGGGGAUGUAGUGCAGUGCAUAGAACAAGUCAUGAGACCUGCUAAAUUAGUGUCCACGUCGGAUGGCAUGAUGCACAUUGAGGUCUGAAACAUGCUGAUGUAAAAUACUACAGUAGUAGUAGUAGGAGGAGGAUUAUGGCGCAACAGGGACGUCGGUACAUACCUUGUUGGCACUGUUUCCCCCCUUGUCCUUUUUCCCUUGUCCCUUCCCCUUCUGCUGGUUCCCCUUCCCCUUCCCUUCCCCCUUCUCCUUCCUUUCCUGUUAAGGGAGGCACUGUUUCCCCCCUUGUCCUUUUUCCCUUGUCCCUUCCCCUUCUGCUGGUUCCCCUUCCCCUUCCCCUUCCCCUUCUUUUCCUGUUAAGGGAGGCACUGUUUCAGUUCCGUCGAGUUACGUUAAGUUCCCGGAAGCUCUGUUAAGUCUCGUUUUUUUUUGUGUUCCAACAGUUUAGAAUGGUACUACAGUAGGCAUUGAGUGUUUAUUGUCUUAUGAGGAAUUCAUUGUUGACGAUUGAUUGAGGUCUUUUUGUCAGUCCCAGGGAUCCAUCCCAUUGGCAAUCGGCUAGGGUGGGGCCCAUAGUACCGGUUGUUAUCCCAGUGCUUAGUCCUCCUCUGGCUGAGUGCUAGUGGGUGUGGAAACUGGGUUUUAUUCGCUGUGGAUGGUGAUAGACUACCGUUUUUCCUCCGGGCGGGACACCCCAUCAUCGUGAACGUACAGAGAGAGUCGUCCGUCGAAGUACGGUGGUGAUGCUGGGGUGUUUUUUUCGGGGGAAGCGUGGCGGUUUCCUGGACCUAUGGCUCUUUCUCUGUGUCUAGUUUGAACUACCGUAGGCAGUCUGGCAGGAUGACAAGGCUGGUGUGAGUGAAAGUCAACCACUUGAGUCAAGGAUGUCAUGGCUUGCAUUGGGCCAGGUGGUGUGUUUGUUCCUCGAAUACUGCAGUCGUAGAUACAUCAUGGACAUGGACAUGGACAUGGACAUGGACUGUCGAGGCUCGACCUGUUAACGAGGCCCGAUCAGCUGAGCUGCAUCCUGAGCAGACUGUCAGGGUUCCGUCAGGGUUCGAACUCCUGAUGGGUCGUUGUGUUUUGCGAACACGAUAACAUGCAGAGGAGCAGCAGCAACGUGCACAAACAUCAAACUUGUACACGCCCACACAAACGCAAAACAACAAAUUGUCUUGCAUUCG